AUGAGGGAAUCAGACAAGGGACCGAUUCCUGAAUACAACCUGAACAUUAGCCCUGUCAAAAUAGUUGCAGUAAUGAAAGGAAUGGGAAGCCAAGUCAAGUGGCCUGAAAAGAUUAAAAAGCCAGCAGCAAUGCGCGACAUGACAAAGUGGUGUGAAUUUCAUAAUGACCACGGACAUACCACUCCAGAAUGCAUAGCAUUAAGAUAUGAAGUGGCUGGACUCUUGCGCAAAGGUCAAUUGCGAGAUUUUUUAUCAGACAAGGGGAAGAUGACCGUGACGGAAGCAGAUAAGAGGCCAACAACACCACCAGAACCACCGCAGCACACCCGGACAUGUAAUGUCAUCUCCGGAGGGUCAGAGGUCAGCGGCGUAACAUACUCAGCCGCUAAGAGGCAUGCACAUGAAAUAGUCGGGACAGAUGGUAGACCAAAGAAACAACCAUCAGCCUAUAACGGCCAGACCAUCAGCUUCGUGGAUGACGAAGCUUCAGAUUUGCUCAAUCCUCACCAUGAUGCUUUAGUCAUUUCUUUAUUUAUUUCGAAUUAUUUUACUAAACGUAUACUGAUCGAUAACGGUAGCUCUGCUAACAUCUUAUUUUUGAAUGCUCUUAGGGAGAUGGGGAUCGACGAGGCCACCAUCAUCCGUAAAUCCACAGUAUUGGUUGGGUUCAGUGGAGAGCAGAAACAAUCAGUCGGCGAGGUCACACUCCACGUUUAUGCAGAAGGAGUCAACCUACAGACGAAGUUCCUUGUAGUUGACUCUCCAUCAGCUUAUAAUGCAAUCUUGGGCCGACCGUGGAUCCAUUCCAUGAAAGCCGUGCCAUCCACAUACCACCAAGUGAUCAGGUUCCCAACCAAGUGGGGAGUGAAAGAAAUAUGGGGAGCCCAAAAAACUGCUCGAGAUUGUUAUCAAAACUCGCUAAAAGAGAAAUCGGCAACAUUAUAG